UUGAGGGAAAGAGGGCGCCCUGUUUGCUCAGGAAGAUACAAGGAUUCCAACAAACUCCCCCUCCCCUGGUGACUGAGAGGCGGGAAGGGGAUAGCGACAGGGCGUUGGAAAGGACAGUUUCCUCAAAUAAAAAAACUCCGGCGGGGCUGAGAUACCGAGGAGGUUCCCGGUCCAGGACAAUUGGAAAGCAGCUCCCGGUGAAGAUGCUGCGCUCUGGGCUUUGCUUCACCUUGUUGUGGAUGACUUGCCUGGCUCUGGCCCGCAGGGCAGAAGCCGCAGCGUGUGAGCCAAUCCGGAUCCCCAUGUGCAAGCCAAUGCCCUGGAACAUGACCAAGAUGCCGAACCAUCUGCACCACAGCACCCAGGACAAUGCCGUGCUGGCGAUCGAGCAGUACGAAGGGCUGGUGGGCAUUCAGUGCAGCCCGGUGCUGCUGUUCUUCCUGUGUGCCAUGUACGCGCCCAUCUGCACCAUCGACUUCCAGCAUGAGCCCAUCAAGCCGUGUAAGUCGGUGUGCGAGAGAGCGAGGGACGGCUGCGAGCCCGUCAUGAGGAGGUACAACCACAGCUGGCCGGAGAAUCUCGCCUGCGAUGAGUUCCCGGUGUACGACCGCGGGGUCUGCAUCUCUCCCGAGGCCAUCGUGACAGCCGAUGCACCCGAAACAGUACCGGACCUGUCCGUGCAUUCUCCCAUUAAUAACUGCAGGAACCUGGGAGGCGACAGCUGCAAGUGUCCGCCAGUAAAACUCACUCAGAAAGUUUACCUGAAGAAUAACUACAAUUAUGUCAUUCGCGCCAAAGUGAAAGAGGUGAGAAAUAAAUGUCACGACGUCGCCACGACGGUGGAAGUGAAAGAUGUCCUGAAAUCUUCCCUGGUGAAUAUCCCAAAGGAAACGGUGACGCUUCACACGAGUUCGGCGUGUCUCUGUCCUGAAAUUAAAACCAACGAGGAGUAUAUUAUCAUGGGCUACGAGGAUGAGGAGAGAGCAAGAUUACUUUUGGUGGAGGGUUCCAUAGCUGUGAAAUGGAAGGAUCGACUUGGGAAAAGGAUCAAGAACUGGGACCAGAAGCUCCGCCAGGAUAGGAGAAAAGGGAGGAGCGGCCUACAAAACAGAGAGAAGCGUCUACAGCCCAGAGACACAGCAGUUGCAUCCAAACAGAGGAGCAAAAGCAGGAAUGCAAAGGCAGCACGUCAGUAAACAUUUUGCACGAGAAGUCCUUCGGACAAUAUAAAAAAUGUCUGCAUUCUUGGAGUGGCACAAGAAAAUUGCACUAUUGCACGUAUGUCCUAAUAACGACUAUGAAAUUUAGCUAUUCUAUAACUUUGUCUUUUUGUCCUUUUUUGCACGAUUAUUAGUGUUGUAAAAACGAAAGCAGCAUCGAAUCCCUGCACUGUCCUCGUUUGUGAAGACUGUCUCAGAAUACGCUGGGAGUGAGUUUGACGAGCUGCUAUUAAUCCGAUGGUACACAUUUAUUGCGUUUCUAGGUUACGCAACCCUGAGACUGUGGUCACAUAUUUCAUUGAAAGAAUGUCUGAACAAGGGUCUGGAGUGUGUAAGGAUCAGAAUGUUCUGGUAUCGUUGAUGUCUCAAGGCCAAGAUUGUUUAGCCCCUAAAAAACAGAAUUGUUGCAUGUCAGAUCUGAUGACCCUGAUGAUGAUGUAUGUACAAGUUGCUCAGUUAAGGCAGUAUUGUGAGCUAAGAAGCAUAGGGACGACCAACAGCACUUGUAAAACAAACACUGGAUAUAAACAUGCCAAUAUUAUUUGGUUGCUUGUUUCAUCAGCCUUAUCCAAUUAUAUCUACAAUUAGUAACAGAGAAAAACGUACAAACUGCAAGAUGAUUGUGUGAUAGAAAGAUACGAAGCAAAGCUUGCAUUUAAAUUAGUUUUAAAAUGUUAUGUUUUAUGAACUAUUAAAUAAAUAACUUUCAAAAUCA